AUGGACUACCAAAAUCAUUCAGUAGUAUACCCUGGCUCUGUAUUCCACGUAUCUCAUGCUUCCGUGGCGGCUCCGCAGGUUCCUACAACAAUUACAGCUGGCUUUGAUCAUUCCCAACAGUCUCCACGAUACCAGCAACAGCAACAUUUUCUAACCGCUUGCUCCACGGCCUCCACAACGCAUCAUCCAUUUCACCAGCAGCAGCAAUUUUUACAGCAUCAGCCUUCAUAUUCUACCACUACUGCCAUAUAUCCUUCACCCCCAAUCCAUCAUACCGCCACUAAUAGCAGUGACAGUAUCAUGAUGCAUGGGUCGCAACACGCCCCACCUCCUCUUUUAAUGGCUUCAUCAUCCUCUACUACAACUGCUUCUAGUAUUUCUUCUUCCUCUGCAGAAUUUUUGAACGAAGCUUUUGCAAAGGCAACCUCGAUUCCUGAAUCGUUCUACCCCGAAUUUUUGCAAUAUUCUAAAGAGUCCUAUGAACAAUCCAAAGGUAUGAAUAAUAACCUUGGUACUCGUAAAAAGAGAGGUUUAACGGAUAAAGAGCAAUCAGAAAACAUUCAAGAGAAGCCUAAGCAGCAGAGAAAGGCAUUACACGAAAACAGUAACAGCAACGGUAGUGCUUCUGAUGACAUUGAAUCUGAAGACAACGAAGAUAAUAAUAGCACACAUGGUAGUAAGCCAUUGACAUCCAGUGAAAUUCGUAGACAAAUACAUAUACAAUCUGAACAAAAGAGAAGAGCUCAAAUUAAAGAUGGCUUCGAAGAGUUAAGAAAUGAAUUACCUGCUUGUUUGAAUAAAAAGAUGAGUAAGGUCGCUUUAUUACAUAAAACCGUUCAGCAUAUUCAGCACUUGAAAAAUACUCAAAUGUCUAUUUUGUCCGAGCUUGAAAGACUAGUUCAUGAAAAUGAACAGCUGAGAAAGUUCCAAGAAAGCGUUCUUCAAAGAGAAGCGUUAGAGAACCUUUACACUAUGUCCAGCAAUAAUAGUAUGUGA